GAGAUUCAAUUACUCUAUGAAAGCGGUGUAUUUACUGCUGGUCAACUGAUGGCUAGUAAACGUGAUUUGACAACACUCGAUAUUCGAUCUGAUCUGAUAUAUUGGUUCGGAAACAACAGUGAACGUGACCAUGGUGCCGUUACAAUUCGAUUGCUAAUUUCGAUGAUUGAUUCAAUAAUUGUUCAUCUGAAUAAAUUUAUUCCAUACAAUAUCUGUGGUCGUUCGAGGGCAAUGAUAGCAGUGUAUCCAGGUAAUGGGACAAGAUACGUGAAGCAUGUUGACAAUCCAUUAAAAGAUGGUCGUUGCAUCACGGCGACUUAUUACGUGAAUGAGAAUUGGAAUUAUUAUCAAGCGGAUCGAUUGGCUUUGUUUUGGUCGGAUCGACGUAAUCCACACGAAGUGUUACCAUCGUUCAGGAACAGAUUCGCGAUAACAACGUGGUACUUCGAUGAGAAUGAGAAACAGAAAGCGUUAAAGAAGAAAUUCGAUAAUAAUCAACAAUAG